AUUGAUUAGUCUUCCUUGUGUGUUCUAGCCAAUCGCUGUUUGCCUAGGCUGCGCAGGUUUGGAGGCCGGUGCAGCCAUUUUGUUCACCCUCGGUGAAGACCCGCGUAUUGGGGGAGGCAGCGUUGACGAUGGGGGAUCACCAAGCACAAUACCACCGGGGCGGGUAUCCUGCAGGGCCGCCUAGAGACUAUCGCAGGGAAGGGGAAGGCCGGUAUUAUGGAAAUCAACCUUCAGAAAACUAUGGAAUGUCUGCUGGUUUUCCUCCAUUCAGGCAGGAGGGCAUCAAGCAAGAGCGAGAUCAGGGCUAUGAUCGUUAUGAUAGGAGACCUGCAGAGCAACCACCACCUCCUCUCUUGCCAAAUAUGGCUUUGAAAACAGAGUUUAAGCAGGAGCAACCAGAUCCAGGUUACAGGGGACCCAAUGCUGCCAGCAAUCAGCCACAAUUUCAAAACCGCAAGAGAGGUUUUGAGGAUAGGGGUCAUGGAUAUUAUGAGCACCGAGAUGAAAGAAGAGCUCGAUCACCACAAGGUUCUGGAUUUGACGAUGAUGACGUGUUUGAUGAGAAUGUUGUUGUUCUUGAUAAUUAUAAUAGUGAUCUGCAUUUCAAGCUUGAUAAAGAUCGAACUGUGGGUUACCCGCUAACCAUUGAAGGCUUUGCUUACUUAUGGUCUGGAGCCAGAGCUACUCAUGGAGUCAACAGAGGUAGAGUUUGCUUUGAGAUGAAGGUCACUGAAAAAAUUUCAGUGGGCCAUUUGCCCUCCAACGAGCCAGAUCCACAUGUGGUUCGUGUGGGGUGGUCUCUAGAUUCAUGUAGCACCCAGUUAGGGGAGGAACCUUUUUCCUAUGGCUAUGGAGGGACUGGAAAGAAAUCUUCCAACAGCAGAUUUGAAAAUUACGGAGAGACCUUUGCUGAACAUGAUGUUAUUGGUUGUUACAUUGACUUUGAAUCACAUGGAGAUAUUGAGAUGUCGUUUUCAAAGAAUGGACAGCCACUUGGAGUAGCAUUCCGGGUACACAAGGAGACUCUUGGAAGUCAGGCCUUAUUCCCCCACAUCUUGGUGAAAAACUGUACUGUUGAGUUCAACUUUGGCCAGCGCCCUGAACCGUUUUGCUCUGCAAUACCAGGGUUCACAUUUAUACAGCAUGUUCAACCUUAUGAAAGGGUGCGAGGCACUGAACCCCCAAAGAACAAGGCAGAGUGUGAGAUUUUGAUGAUGGUUGGGUUGCCUGGUGCUGGAAAGACAACUUGGGCCGUGAAGCAUGCCGCUGCACAUCCGGAAAAGAAAUAUGUUAUUUUGGGAACCAAUGCUAUCAUGGAAAAAAUGAGGGUAAUGGGUCUGCGAAGGCAACGUAAUUAUGCAGGGCGCUGGGAUGUCCUUAUACAACAAGCAACACAGUGUCUGAACCGUCUUAUCCAGAUUGCAGCCCGGAGGAAACGAAAUUACAUUCUGGAUCAGACAAAUGUUUAUGGGACAGCUCAAAAAAGGAAGAUGCGUCCAUUUGAAGGCUUUCAGCGCAAAGCCAUCAUAAUCUGUCCCACAGAUGCAGACUUGCAGGACCGUAUAGUAAAACGUACAGAUGAGGAGGGAAAGGAUGUUCCAGACUCUGCUGUAUUGGAAAUGAAAGCAAAUUUUGCUUUGCCAGAACCUGGAGACUUCCUUGAUGAAGUUAUUUAUGUUGAACUCCAGAAAGAAGAUGCAGAGCCACUGGUGCGGCAGUAUAAUGAGGAGGGAAAAAGAGCUGGGCCACCACCAGAAAAACGAUUCAGAGGCCGUGGAGGUGGACCCCCUGGUGGGGGAGUAGGAAGAGGAGAUGGGAAGGGAAGGGAUGGAGGAGGCAGGGGAGAUGGUGGGGCAAGAGGAGACUUUCAGCGGUUUGAUAGUCCCCUUGCAGGUCACAGAGGAGGUUUUCAAGGAAGAGGAGGAGGAAACUCUGCUGGUGGUUACAGAGGAGGUGCUGGAGGCUUUAAUAGAGAUGGGCAUAAUCAACCCCAAAGCCGCUGGUCUGGGAGCUCUCAUGAUAAUGGCUCCGAAAGUCGUGGGGGCUAUGGUGCUAGUAGCCAGCAGCAGCAUUAUUACCCAGGCGGUAGCCAGGGUGGUGGAUAUGGAAACAGUGGGCCAUCAUAUGGAAACAGUGGGCCAUCAUCAAAUUCCUUGCAGAGUGCACCAAAUAACUACAGCCAAGGGCAGAACUAUGGGCAGGGUGGAUACAACCAGGGAGGUGGCAGUGGCUAUGGUCCAAAUUACAACAACCAGAGCUAUAAUCAAGGGUACAACCAACCACCACCUAAUCAAAGCUCUUCUCCUGCCCAGCUGUCCAACAGCCAGAGCAACUACAGCCAGCAGUAUCAACAGCAGCAGUAUGGAGGACAGCAGUGGGGCCAGUAUCAGAGCCAGGCAUCUCCUCAGAAUCCUAGUUCUAAUCAAGGUCCAUCCCAUGGUCAAGGGCAAUGGAGCCACGGUCCUUCCCAAGGUCAAGGCCAGUGGAGCCAGUGGCAUUACGGCAGUGGUGGGUACGAUCCUUCUGGGAGGUAUGGAUCACAAGGAGGAGGCCACUGAAAACGGAGUUUGAACCCCACAGAAUCAUCAGUCAUUGCAAGAGAAAAGUGACAUUUCAUCUGUCUGACACUAGACAAGACAAAAGGAUUGAAAACUGCGUUGGCCAGUUUGGGAUUAUUAGCAACAGUUGUUAUAUUCACCCUGUUUGUUUUCCCUAAAAAAUUGUCAGCAAUCAACCUGUCUGCAUGCGAAGGGACCUAAAGUUUGGAACUUUAUUUUAUUUUUUUGUUUUUUUUAAUGUAACAUGCCCAAGGACACCAUAUGUUAUUGCAUCUAAGUUGGUGAAAGGAAAGCUUUAGAUUUGAAGAGCCAUUUGAAACUAAUCAUACAUUUUAAUACAAAUUCUGCAUUUAAUAUAAACUCUGUCUUAAAAAUAGAUACGUUAUCGCAGAGUAGUAUUGCAUUCAUAUGUUGUAACAACACUUGUCUCUCUGAGAGAAUGCACCACCCACCCUUACCUAAACACAACCAGGACACUUUGUUUUUACAUUUGUAUGUAAGGUGCAACCUGUAUCAUAAUGUUACUAAAUUUCCUUUUGUGUUACUGACAGAAGAGGAUACAAAGCAUAAUUCUGUUAUUUUAAUGUAGAAUAAUAAUGUUUUACUGUGGGGUCAGCUGUUAAAUAGUUCUGCCAUUUAAAAUCCCUUUGUGUAACUUCAGGUUAAACUUGGCAGUGUUUUACACUUUACGUUAGCAGCUAAUGAGUUCAGAGCAUUUGUAUGUGUUUUGUUUUUAUUCUAUUUUUUUUAUUUGGGAAUAAGUGAAUAUUGAAUUUUGAAAUGUUUA